GCUCUGGGGAGCUUGCCCGCCCGCCCGCCCAGCACCGAGCGGAUCCUUCCCGGGAUCAGAUAACACAGCCGGCGGGGGAGGGGGGUGGAACCGAGGGACACACGCCAAGAGCGCGGGCCAGAACCCCGCGCGCUCUGCUGCCCGGCCGGGGGGCGCCGUCCAGGUGGCAGAAGCCAGGAGGAGGGGGAUCGGCGUCCCAGGACCGGCGCGCCCCUGGAGCAUGGAGCACCCCCGGAGGCUGCCCUAAGGAGGCGGCGGCGGCGAUGCGGCCAGCACGGUGGCAGCCGGGGCCAGGAGCGGCCGCUCCAAGCUCGGAGGACGCGCAGCGCGCACUGCCGGUGGUGGCACCGACCGAGGCCCUUCCUGCGACGGGUUCCUUUCCAGUUGACGCCUGGGAAAUGGCAGCUGCUGCUAGGACAACCUUAAAGACAGCCAACUGCCUGCUCAGCACAGUUACUUAGAAGAGAGGAUUCAAAAGGUGCUGCCCCACCUGGAGCUGGCCUGGGGGUGAGCCAGGGCCCCCCUGCCCCCGGGAUGACCGCAGCUGGCCGGGCCAACCCCUAUAGCAUCGUGUCAUCCGAAGAGGACGGGCUACAUCUGGUCACCAUGUCGGGAGCCAACGGCUUCGGAAACGGGAAGGUGCACACGAGGCGCAGGUGCCGGAACCGAUUCGUCAAGAAGAACGGCCAAUGCAACAUCGAAUUUGCCAACAUGGACGAGAAGUCGCAGCGCUACCUGGCAGACAUGUUCACCACCUGCGUGGACAUCCGCUGGCGCUACAUGCUGCUCAUCUUCUCGCUGGCCUUCCUCGCCUCCUGGCUGCUCUUCGGUGUCAUCUUCUGGGUCAUCGCCGUAGCCCAUGGAGACCUGGAGCCGGCCGAGGGCCGAGCAGCUCGCACGCCCUGCGUCAUGCAUGUGCAUGGCUUCAUGGCAGCCUUCCUCUUCUCCAUCGAGACACAGACCACCAUCGGCUAUGGGCUGCGCUGUGUGACGGAGGAGUGCCCAGUGGCCGUGUUCAUGGUGGUGGCACAGUCUAUCGUAGGCUGCAUCAUCGACUCCUUCAUGAUCGGGGCCAUCAUGGCCAAGAUGGCUAGGCCCAAGAAGCGGGCCCAGACGCUUCUCUUUAGUCACAAUGCCGUGGUGGCCCUGCGUGACGGCAAGCUCUGUCUCAUGUGGCGUGUGGGGAACCUGCGCAAGAGCCACAUCGUGGAAGCCCACGUGAGGGCCCAGCUCAUCAAACCCCGAGUCACAGAGGAGGGAGAGUACAUCCCCCUGGACCAGAUCGACAUCGACGUGGGCUUUGACAAGGGCCUGGACCGCAUCUUCCUGGUGUCACCCAUCACCAUCCUACACGAGAUCGACGAGGCCAGUCCGCUCUUCGGCAUCAGCCGGCAGGACCUGGAGACGGACGACUUCGAGAUUGUGGUCAUCCUGGAGGGCAUGGUGGAAGCCACAGCCAUGACCACACAGGCCCGCAGUUCCUACCUGGCCAACGAGAUCCUGUGGGGCCACCGCUUUGAGCCUGUGCUCUUUGAGGAGAAGAACCAGUACAAGAUUGAUUACUCCCACUUCCACAAGACCUAUGAGGUGCCCUCCACGCCUCGCUGCAGCGCUAAGGACCUGGUGGAGAACAAGUUCCUGCUGCCCAGUGCCAACUCCUUCUGCUACGAGAAUGAGCUGGCCUUCCUGAGCCGGGAUGAGGAGGACGAGGUGGACGGAGACCAGGACGGCUGCAGCCCCCAGGCCAGGCAUGACUUUGACAGACCUCAGGUGGGAGGUGGGGGCAGCAGCGCCCUGGAUCAGAGGCCCUACAGGCGAGAGUCAGAAAUCUGAGCCGCCCUUCACCCCUUAGCCAAGGUGCCAAGUCCGACACCCCCACCAGGGAGACGCCUUCGGACCAAGGGGGCCUGGGUUUGAGCUGAGUAGGCCUGGUCCCCCGACUCACGUGGACUCCGUAGCGUCUUAGAUGUUUUAGGUUUCUUCACGAUGGCUGCAGAAGCUGGAUGGGAAAGAGUGUGGCCCUCUGCUUCGGCAGCGGGCACGGCUCAGGAAUGGGGUGGUGGCCAUGGGAAUGGGGACAGCCCCAGGAGCCAGGGUCCAUGACCUGAGCACAGAGUCUCAACCUGCUCAGAAUGGAGUCCACGGUGACCGCCGCUGGGGGCAAAAGAGGCAGGUUGUGAUGCCCCUGGCUGGUUUUUAAUCUGGGGGUGGGAAACACCGGGUUUAUGGCUUUCUCAACCUUAGCUUGAGUAAGACUGUUUACAAGUAAUAAUACUAAUGAUAAUAAUAACAAUAAUAUAAUAA